UUCCUCUCGGCACCACUCACCUGGCUCGGGUCAUCUCCAGGGUCACUGAAUCACAGAGAUAUUAUCUACUAAGUCACACACCUGCAGCCUGCAGCCUCGCCCUGGGCCCUGAUAUGGAGGGGAUAACCUGUGCCUUUCUCCUGGUGCUAGCAGGUCUGCCUGCCUUGGAAGCCAAUGAUGCAGUUGAUAAAGACAGUCCCUUCUACUAUGACUGGGAGAGCCUGCAACUGGGAGGAAUGAUCUUUGGAGGGCUCCUGUGCGUCGCUGGAAUCGCCAUGGUCCUGAGUAGCAAGUGCAAAUGUAGGCGCAACCAUACAGCCAGUUCCUUACCUGAGAAAGGCACUCCACUCAUCACUCCAGGCUCUGCCAGUACCUGCUGAACUGAACACAGGACCAAGUUUGAAGGCAAGCUCUUCGACAGUGCCGUUUGUCUCCCCUCUGGAGACCUUCCUCUCCAGGAUGGCUUCCCUAGAGCAAACUGUUAAGUCUUCAGUGACAGGGAAGGAAGGGUGUUCCAAAGCUGACUUUAUAUUAAACUGGUCUUGCUGCUC